AUGUCCUCGGCCGUGGGGCCCCGAGGUCCUCGCCCACCCACGGUGCCUCCCCCCAUGCAAGAGCUGCCGGACCUGAGCCACCUGACCGAGGAGGAGAGAAACAUCAUCAUGGCAGUGAUGGACCGGCAGAAGGAAGAGGAGGAAAAAGAAGAAGCCAUGCUUAAGUGUGUUGUCAGGGACAUGGCGAAGCCUGCUGCCUGCAAAACACCAAGAAAUGCUGAAAGCCAGCCCCACCAACCUCCACCGAGAUUGCACCAACAGUUUGAAAGCUAUAAAGAACAAGUGAGAAAAAUAGGAGAAGAAGCCAGGCGUUACCAGGGCGAACACAAGGAUGAUGCGCCCACGUGUGGCAUCUGCCACAAAACCAAGUUCGCGGACGGGUGUGGACACCUGUGCUCUUACUGCCGGACCAAGUUCUGUGCGCGCUGCGGAGGCCGCGUGUCCCUGCGGUCCAACAGCGAGGACAAAGUGGUUAUGUGGGUAUGCAAUUUAUGUCGAAAGCAACAAGAAAUCUUAACCAAAUCUGGUGCGUGGUUCUUUGGAAGCGGCCCUCAGCAUCCAAGUCAGGACGGAACCCUGAGUGACACGGCCACAGGUGCUGGAUCUGAGGUUCCCAGAGAAAAGAAGGCACGACUCCAAGAGCGGUCGAGGUCCCAGACACCCUUGAGCACGGCAGCGGCCUCGUCCCAGGACACUGUGCCCCCCAGUGCACCCCCAGACAGAAGCAAAGGGGCAGAUUCUUCACAGCAAGCGUUGGGGCCCGAACAGAAGCAGGCUUCAUCUAGAUCUAGAAGUGAACCUCCAAGAGAGAGGAAGAAGGCCCCGGGGGCGUCGGACCAGAAUGGCAAAGCGGCCCCGAAGGCCGAUCGGAAGCGCGGGCCGAAGACGGCCGCGCAGCCCGGAGAAGGGGCUGCGGAAGACCGGGAGCGGAAAGAAAGGCGGGAAAGCCGCAGGCUGGAGAAGGGGCGAUCCCAGGACUACCCCGACGUGCGGGACGAGCGAGAGGCGGGCCCGGCGGCGGCGGCGGCGGAGAAGCAGCGGAAGGAGGAAGAGUACCAGACCAGGUACCGCAGCGACCCGAACCUGGCGCGGUACCCGGUGAAGCCUCCGCCCGAGGAGCAGCAGAUGCGCAUGCACGCGCGGGUGUCCCGCGCCCGGCACGAGCGGCGCCACAGCGACGUGGCGCUCCCGCACACCGAGGCCGGGCCCGCGGCGCCCGAGAGCCAGGCCGGCCCGCGCGCCCCGGGCCCAGACUCGCCGCGCGCCCGCGCGCCCGAGAGGACCGCGGAGCCCCGGGCGCCCCGGCUCGGGCCGGGCCCCGCGGACGCCCCCGAGCCCCCCGCCCCGGAGCCCCUCAGGAAGCAGAGCCGCCUGGACCCCGGCUCGGCCGUGCUCAUCCGCAAAGCCAAGCGGGAGAAGGUGGAGACCAUGCUGCGGAACGACUCGCUGAGCUCCGACCAGUCCGAGUCCGUGCGCCCCUCGCCGCCCAAGCCGCACCGGUCCCGCAGGGGUGGCAAGAAGCGGCAGAUGUCGGUGAGCAGCUCGGAGGAGGAGGGUGUGUCCACGCCCGAGUACACGAGCUGCGAGGACGUGGAGCUGGAGAGCGAGAGCGUGAGCGAGAAAGGUGACUUGGAUUAUUACUGGCUGGAUCCUGCCACGUGGCAUAGUCGGGAAGCCUCACCUAUUAGUUCGCAUCCUGUAACGUGGCAACCGUCUAAAGAGGGUGAUCGGUUAAUUGGACGUGUUAUUCUUAACAAAAGAACAACCAUGCCCAAAGAAUCAGGUGCAUUACUGGGACUUAAAGUUGUUGGAGGAAAAAUGACUGACUUGGGACGCCUGGGUGCUUUCAUCACCAAAGUCAAGAAGGGUAGCCUUGCGGAUGUUGUUGGCCAUCUAAGAGCAGGGGAUGAAGUUCUAGAAUGGAAUGGUAAACCCCUGCCUGGAGCUACAAAUGAAGAAGUUUACAACAUUAUUUUAGAAUCAAAAUCAGAACCUCAAGUUGAAAUUAUUGUUUCAAGGCCUAUUGGUGACAUUCCCAGGAUUCCUGAGAGCUCUCAUCCUCCACUGGAGUCCAGUUCAAGUUCCUUUGAAUCUCAGAAGAUGGAAAGGCCUUCUAUUUCUGUGAUUUCUCCAACAAGUCCUGGAGCUCUAAAAGAUGCCCCACAAGUGUUACCAGGGCAACUCUCUGUGAAGCUGUGGUAUGACAGAGUGGGGCACCAGCUGAUCGUGAAUGUUCUACAAGCAACAGAUCUACCCCCUAGAGCAGAUGGCCGGCCUAGAAAUCCCUAUGUAAAAAUGUAUUUUCUUCCAGAUAGAAGUGACAAAAGUAAAAGGAGGACCAAAACAGUAAAGAAAGUUCUAGAACCCAAAUGGAACCAAACUUUUGUCUAUUCCCAUGUACAUCGUCGCGAUUUUCGAGAGCGGAUGUUAGAAAUAACUCUGUGGGAUCAACCUAGGGCACAAGAAGAAGAAAGCCAAUUUCUUGGAGAGAUCCUUAUAGAAUUGGAGACAGCACUUUUAGAUGAUGAGCCACACUGGUAUAAACUUCAGACCCAUGAUGAGUCUUCACUACCUCUGCCCCAGCCGUCACCCUUUCUGCCCAGGCGACAUCUUCAUGGAGAAAGCUCUAGCAAAAAGCUCCAACGAUCUCAGCGAAUCAGUGAUAGUGACAUCUCAGAUUAUGAGGUUGAUGAUGGUAUUGGAGUAGUUCCUCCAGUGGGUUAUAGGUCUAGUGCUAGAGAAAUUAAAGCAACCACAUUAACAGUGCCGGAACAGCAAAGAACCACUCACCACCGCUCACGCUCAGUAUCUCCUCAUCGCGGCGAUGAUCAGGGAAGGCCGCGUUCACGUUUACCAAAUGUGCCAUUACAGAGGAGCUUAGAUGAAAUUCAUCCAACCAGAAGAUCACGCUCUCCAACCAGACACCAUGAUGCCUCCCGAAGUCCCAUUGACCAUAGAGCCAGAGAUGUGGACAGUCAAUAUGUAUCUGAACAAGACAGUGAGCUUCUUAUGCUGCCCAGAGCAAAACGAGGACGAAGUGCAGAAUGCCUACAUACUACCAGACAUCUUGUUAAACACUAUAAAUCAUUACCACCCAAGAUGCCUUUAUUACAGAACGGCUCUCACUGGAAUGUCUACAGCUCAAUUCUGCCUGCACAUGCUAAGACCAAAUCAGUGACUAGACAGGACAUUCCCUUUCAUCAUGAAUACUUUAACUCAAGAAAAUUGAGAUUUACUGAUGAAAUACUGGUUAGUGAACUACAGCCCUCGCUUGACAGGGCUAGGAGUGCUAGUACUAACUGCUUGAGACCAGAUACUAGUUUGCAUUCACCAGAACGAGAAAGGGGUAGAUGGUCCCCCUCCCUAGAUAGGAGACGACCUCCUAGCCCCAGGAUUCAAAUCCAGCACGCAUCUCCGGAGAAUGACAGGCACUCCAGAAAGUCUGAAAGAUCUAGCAUCCCAAAACAGACUAGGAAAGGCACUGGCUCUGAUGCGGAAAGGGUUCUCCCACCAUGUCUUUCUAGAAGGGGAUACGCAGCCCCAAGAGCAACUGGUCAAGCAGUCAUUAGGGGAAAACAUCCCGCUCGCUCCAGAUCGAGUGAGCACUCUAGUGUCAGAACUAUGUGUUCUAUGCACCACCUUCCCCCCGGAGGCUCGGCGCCACCUUCUCCACUUCUGACAAGAAUGCAAAGACAAGGAAGUUCCAGCCAAUCUCCCCCAACAGACAGCGGCCUGGGCAGCCGGAGGGGAAGACAGCUUCCACAGGUGCCGGUGAGGAGCGGCAGUAUAGAACAAGCAAGCUUAGUAGUGGAAGAGCGAACGAGACAGAUGAAAAUGAAAGUGCAUCGAUUUAAGCAGACAACAGGGUCUGGUUCUAGUCAAGAACUUGAUCACGAGCAAUAUUCCAAGUAUAACAUACAUAAAGAUCAGUACAGAAGCUGUGAUAACGUCUCUGCCAAAUCAUCAGAUAGCGAUGUCAGUGAUGUGUCCGCCAUUUCUCGAACCAGCAGUGCCUCACGCCUCAGCAGCACAAGCUUUAUGUCAGAGCAAUCUGAGCGCCCCAGGGGAAGGAUCAGUUCAUUUACCCCCAAAAUGCAAGGCAGACGGAUGGGGACAUCAGGAAGAGCCAUCACGAAGAGCACCAGUGUGAGUGGAGAGAUGUACACACUGGAGCACAAUGAUGGCAGCCAGUCAGACACAGCUGUGGGUACGGUUGGAGCAGGUGGGAAGAAACGGAGAUCCAGCCUGAGUGCCAAAGUGGUGGCCAUUGUUUCUCGAAGAAGUCGAAGCACAUCCCAACUUAGCCAAACAGAGUCAGGACACAAGAAGUUAAAAAGCACCAUUCAGAGAAGCACAGAAACGGGCAUGGCAGCGGAAAUGAGGAAGAUGGUGAGACAGCCAAGCCGGGAGUCUACUGAUGGCAGCAUCAACAGCUACAGCUCAGAGGGAAACUUAAUAUUUCCUGGAGUGCGACUGGGUGCUGACAGCCAGUUCAGCGAUUUUCUUGAUGGACUGGGUCCCGCCCAGCUGGUUGGACGCCAAACCCUCGCCACCCCUGCGAUGGGUGAUAUACAAAUUGGAAUGGAAGAUAAAAAGGGCCAGUUAGAAGUAGAAGUCAUUAGAGCACGAAGCCUCACACAAAAACCUGGUUCCAAAUCUACACCUGCUCCUUAUGUCAAAGUCUAUCUUUUGGAAAAUGGAGCCUGUAUAGCCAAAAAGAAGACAAGAAUUGCACGGAAAACUCUUGAUCCUUUGUAUCAACAGUCCUUGGUUUUUGAUGAAAGUCCACAGGGAAAAGUUCUUCAGGUGAUCGUGUGGGGAGACUAUGGCAGAAUGGACCACAAAUGCUUUAUGGGUGUGGCUCAAAUCUUACUGGAAGAACUGGAUCUGUCCAGCAUGGUGAUUGGAUGGUACAAAUUGUUCCCGCCCUCAUCACUGGUGGAUCCCACACUCACUCCCCUGACCCGUCGGGCUUCCCAAUCUUCUCUGGAAAGUUCAACUGGGCCUCCCUGCAUCCGAUCAUAG